UCUGUCUUCUGCUCGUCGUCCACGUCGGCUCUAGCUGCCAUUGGAAAGAUCGCUGCUUGCCGGCGCGAAAACACAUGUCUCAGGGAUAUGGUGGCGAACCUGGACUCGCUGGGCGUCGUAGACGUGGGCGGCAUCGUAGGCAAGGGGCUCCGCAGAUGCCUCGACGAGGCGCCACCCGACCUCGCGAUCAUCAUGGCGGGCACCAACGACCUAGGAACCGGCGCCAUGGCGCGAGAGGUCUUCCAGGAAUUGUGCGAGAUGCACGAGGUCUGCUGGCGGAGAGGCGUGCCCACGCUGGCGCUCCCGCCACCGCCCGCGCCGCGGCUGCCCGAGGGCAGCGCCUUCGAGCUGGAGCGGCGGCGGCUUCUGGCGCUGCUGGCCACGUGGACCUCCGGGGCGCGCACCGCCCUGCGCAAUGGGGAGUGUCUGAAAGCAUGGGCAGGCGAGACUAUCUUCGCCGUUCACGCGCUGGUGAAAUUCUCCGAGCCGGUGUUAGUUCCGAGCGGGACGCUGCUGGAGGAGGUGGCGCGGGCCAUCCCCGUCGCCAGAUACCGCGACGGGGUCAAGCCGAUUGUGCCGCAACUCCCAGGAGCUGGCAAGGACAUCGCGGACGCGGUGCUGAGAGCGCUGGGAGAGCAAGCAGCCGAUCAGCAAGCAGAACCGUGCGCAGAGGAGCCGACGGUCCUGCAGCAGGAUGCGCACAUGACGCCCCGCAGCCAGCCGCCAGAUCACAGUUCUCCCACGGAGAUUGGUUCUCCCACGGAGGUUGAUCUGACGCCGACCGAGUGUCUGCUGCUCGCGCAAGCGGCAAACGGCGAUUGGGGCAAGCAGUGCCGCUGUCGGGGCUGCAACAGCCUGCGGGGCCGCGUGGACAGACUGAAAGCACGCGAUGGGGAAUCGCGGGCUGGGUGGGCGAGCCUCUCCGUUCAAGGUCGCGAAGAAUUCUUCGCAAACAGCGCUGGGCUCUUCAACGCAGAGCUGCAGACGCAGCUCACGACAGCCAUCGCGAAGUCCGCCCUGGAAAAGCUCACGAGCAAGAUGCAGGCAGAGGGCAACUUCGAGGAUUACGAUGAUCUGAAAUCCAAGAUGGACAAAACAGAGUUCGAGGAGUUGUGCCAGAAGGGCACCGUGAUCGACCACCCGAUCCACGACAAGAAGAAGCUCGCGUGGAACCCGAAGUAUUCAAUGACCAUCACGAUGGAGCAGGUGCUCCAGGAGGAGCGCAAGAGGCAGCUCGAGCAGUACGAGGAUCGGAAGGUGAAGCGCCAGAAGAAUAAUGGGAAGAAGGAGAACACCGAGGGCGCCGCUGAGGAUGGCGGCGGAGCUGACCCAAGGGAGUUCACUGUGCAGGGGGGGCACAAGAAGCGCCUGGACGCCACCCUUAGCAAGGUGACGGAGGCGCAGCUGGCCAUCACUGGGACGAUGGCGGAGGCGGACCGCCCUGAGAACAAGGAGUCCCUCUCCAAGAAGCUGGAGGAGUUCGGGGCCAGAACGGUGGGCACUGGCAAUCAGCUCUUGGAGGCCCUCACGGCGAUCCAGACGAAGGGAACGGCGGAGAGCAAAAAGAAGCUGCUGGAGUGCUUUUCGCAGGCCAAGGACUUCUUGGCCGCGGCGAAGGACGCAGGGGGCCGCGUCAAGGCUGCCAUCGACGAGAGCUGGGAUGAGGAGGCGUGA